AUGGCUUUUUGUGUCCAUACCUCCAUAGGUGAUCCAGAGAGACGCCGAACCAAGAUGUAUAAGUUGGUGGUGAUGGGCACCUGUUCUGUGGGCAAGACUGCACUGAUCAUGCAGUUUGCUAAGGAUCAUUUUAUGACCGAAUAUGGUCCCACCAUCCAAGAUUCCUAUCGGAAGCACACAGUGGUGGAUGAAGAGCAGUGUCACCUGGACAUCAUGGAUACCACAAGCACUGAAGCAUUUUAUUGCCUGAGGGAUGAGUCCAUGCACCGGGGAGAGGGAUUCCUCUUAGUUUAUGCAGUGAAUGACCUCUACUCUUUUGACAAUGUGAAUAUCCUCUGGAACCAUCUACAGGGAAUCAAGGGCAACAACCGUAUACCCGUGGUGUUGGUGGCCAACAAAGUAGAUGUGACCGACAGGCUGGUGAACCAUACAAUGGGCCAGGAGGUGGCCAGGAGCUUCGGGGUCCCUUAUGUGGAGACAUCAGCCAAGACUGGGCAAGGUGUGGAGCAAGCCUUCCAUGACUUGGUCCGAGAAAUUUGUAGGCUGCGAGCUGAGGAGGAGCUUAAGAGUCUCCCUAAUACUAAGCAGAAGAAAGUCUGGGAGUUCAAGUUUUGCACUAUCCAGUGA